CUACAGCGCGAUGACGGCAAAACUGCGCCCGAUUGGGGCCGCCCCUGCAGGCCAUUCCGGGCGCAGACUCGCCAGCGGUAAACAUCCCUUCCCGCCCAUCCCUCCUCUUCGCCCGCGCUGGCUUCACCUGUGCGGCACAGCAUCAUCGCCCUCAACCUGCGUGACAGCCAGGAGCGAUGCCACCCAUGGAGGACCGACGAUAUAGAGGGGACGGCGCCCAUCCGCUGGCCAUCGACGUCCCGACACUCAACGUCCACAGAGCAACCCCCCAAUGCGGACUCCGGAUCGCACGCAUACCCGCACGCACUCCGACAGUCUAUCGCAAGCAUGCGCUUCUCUGGAGCGCAGGCACCUUCGGAGACGAGUCACGACAUCGUCGGGCUCACCUCAGCAACCAGGGCUGCAACGAGCCAUUAUGAUCCAACGCGAACGAAGAAGAUUUAUUCGGAAAAGAGCCAGGAGCUUCAGCGAUGGAUCAAAGAGCUUUGGGAUCGGUACUGCAUUACCUACGAGAAGGACCCGAUGACGACGCUGAGCUCUUUCCUCACCCCCGAUCUCUACGACUUCUUCCAUUGGAUGCUACGUGAGCGCAAAGGCCGGAUCCGCAAAGCAGGCACCAUUCAGACCUACUGGAACACCUUGACGCUAGUCCGGCAGCUGGAGACGAAGCAGUUCGAGAUCGCGCCGCAAGUACAAAUCGAAAUGUGCGGGGCACGGCAGCAACUGGUCAACGAAUUCGGACUGUCGACAGAGAAAGAGGCGAAGCCGAUUAUGCGAGCGGAAGACGAAUUCGAAUUGCUCAAGACGCUCUGGGAGUCGAGCGAAGUGGAAAUGCAGCAUGAACGACUCCGAGUCCAAUUAGCACUCAUGAUUCAGCUGGCUGGCAUCACGGGCAACCGUCCUGGGGCACUGCGUCGCAUGCAGUAUAAAGACCUCAAGAUUGCCUUGCUGCCGGAUCCUGCCGGUGGCGAACGUCCGAGACUGGUGAUGGACUUCACAUUUCGACACACAAAGCGCUAUCUAGGGGUUAAGGAUCCGAAUACCUUUCCUGUUCCGGACAUCCCCCAGGAAGCAUGUCUUCUGCUCUGCCCCCAGACGAUGCUCCUCGGUUUGCUCUUUGCAGACAAGGCUUUUGCCGUGCCGGACUUCACUCCUGCUGAGCUGUUCGAACUUCGCAUCCCGCCUGGCAAGCGCGAGCUGGUUAUUCCGAUUGACGAAUCCAAAGCGGACCUUCCGUUGUUUCGAGGUGUAGAGCGUACGGUACACGGCGUUCGCAUGUCCAGCAGAGCAGUCACGGAGAACUGGCUUCGCGAGCGUCUGCGGCCUCUGGGCGAAAUCACGAGUUUUGAUUGGAUCGUGAAGCCGUACUGCUUCCGUCGAGGCCAUGGCGAAGCUUUGGACAGCAGCAAUCACAUCAGCGAUUCUCAGCGCAACCUCAUCAUGCAACACGCUAGUUCUGCAGUGUUCCAGCACAACUAUCUCUCGCACUACGUCACUCAAGACACCCAGGCGGCAUACCGCGGCUUGGAACCGCAGACGGCUAUCAUUCGCGUCGCGAGUGGAAUGAGCCGCUCAAUCGAUCCACAGAGGCCACGCGCGUUGACCAAACGACAGUUGGCGACGGUCGAUCGGCGCCCUGAAGUGGUUUUGGCACGCAGACGCCGCGACGGGUUGGCGCAGCGUGUUCGGGCUCAAUACACCACGAUCAGCCGCGCCCGGGGCACUGCUGCAUAUGACACAUAUCGCGAAGCGCACCAGGCGUUCCUGCGGACGAAGAAGGAGACGCGUAAGACAGUCUUGAAAGAAGUGAAAGCACAGUACCGCGCCGAGCAGCCUGUGUCGGAUAUUCUGCAACAGCUACGUAAAGGAAAAUCGACGGGAGUGACUGCAAGAGCUAGCAAGAAGAACAUGAGGGUACAAGAGCUGAGUCCUGAACGUAAACGCGUACUAGCAGCCUUGCUCACAUUCGUUUCGGCUGACGCUGUUGACAAUGUCAGCAGGCGAUCAGAAGCCAUCGAUGCCGUACAGACGCUUUGCGGUCGGCAAGAGCCAGGGUUACGCAAGCUCCACAAUUUGAAAGAUUUGGACGAGGCGUCUAGAUCGCCGAGCCCUCAUCCUGUCGCGAUCGCAUGUGAAGACAAGGAUAGCGGGCACGAUCCGUUCCCAGCGCGGUGUUCUCCCACGCAAUGCAUAUUUUGCAUGGGUGACGAAGAGCUACCCAUCGAACAGCGCACCAAGAAGUUUCGGAACAGAGAUGGCCUGAAGAGACAUUUCAUCCGUAAGCACCUCCAGUACCAUACUGCUGGACAGCGCCUCCGGUGUCCGCAUCCGAGGUGCGUCGAUGUUUGGCUUAAUAGCGCUGACCACCUUCGCAAUCAUGCAGAAACAUUGCAUGGUACCCCGACCUAGUUACAAGGAUUGUCCUUACACUCGCUGUAUCGCACGUCUGAUUGAGUAUGAAUCAUCCACAUAUUCCCGAAAUCGAAGCAUCCUUAGAAUAUAACUUCGCGCACAUCUGCAUUGAUCAUCAAGCGUCCAUCUGAGAAAAUGAUAUUGAUGUUCACGUUCCUGUUCGUAUAUUACGUACAGACUCGCACAUUGCUAAUCGAAGCCCACCGUUGUAUGCAGAACCGAGGCGACCCGAGCUAUGAGUCGCCCAUCAUGC